AUGGUCGAUCACGAACAACCAAUGGUCUCGCACGGCCGUGGAGGCCAGGGGAAUAUCGGUAAAGACUCGACGCAAUACGUUGAUGGCGAGAUUGUGCGAGAAGGUAUCUACGGUGAUCAGGGCGAUGGCGCAUACUCGGCGGGUCGCGGCGGCGUCGGUAACAUCGGAUCCCCCCGAGUCCGUCCCACAUCCAAAGUCCCCCACGACGCAGAAAUGAUUCCCGAACUCGCCGUCCGCAAUUCCACCGACGAAAACUAUCACACCGGCCGCGGCGGCCAGGGCAACGUCCACCUCGACCCUGAAUCACGCAAGGAGAAAGAGGCAAAGAAGAAGAACCCGGUUCAUGAGGGUCUGGCGGAUAAAUUGAAGCAUAAGCUGAUGGGUCGGAAGUAG